GAUGCACGUACGUCAUAUGAUCAGGUUCAUUCUUACGAGUUUCCUCAUUUUUGUUGCAAGUACAAAAGCAAUACCAGUAAAACGUUUAAUGAAAUGGAACGACUAUAAUCAGAUAGAUCUGCCAAGAAAAUGUUGCACAGAGGAUUAUCUUUUCGACGAUGAGCUGACUUGCGUUAAGAUCAUCGAGGAUAAUGAUUUUUCGGAGGAAAUGGGAACGGAAAUACGUACUUAUGAGCUUUCCUGCAAGAUGGUUGCUGUUAUAUGGAUAGAACACGGAGCCAACAAUUCGUGGACUUAUACGACAGUCGAUUACCCAAACGAUUACUGUCUCGGAACUACGAUGAAUGGUACACAAGUGUUGGCCAGGUGUCCGGGGUUGUCCAAAAUGAAUGAAAACAUUUCGAUUGUUUCAAUGAUGAAAACGUAUAACGAGACAGCGAUGAUAUGUAAUGAGGAUAAUAUUAAAAAAUGGGAUCUCGUGUUUUGGGGUGCUCGAGCGUAUAUGGCAACGAACCUUGCUCAUAUGAUAAUCUGCAUCAUCGUAGUAGUAAUAUAUUUGUUCAUACCAGAGUUACGUAAAGGUAUCUACAACUAUUCCGUUCUUCAACACAACAUAUCCUUAUUGGGAUUGGGCUGUAUAUUAUCGUAUUUGUGUUAUCGCAAGUACCCAAUAGCUGAUAACCUGGUAAUCAUACUUUGGCUUUCCCUACAAUAUUUCACCGUGGCGACGUUCUUUUGGUUGAACGUUAUAUGUUUCGACAUGACCCUGUGUAUCACGAGAUUCCGUUGGACCGUAGGACUCGGUGCUAACAAAGAAAAAGACAAAUACAAGAGAUUGUUAAUCUACGGUGUUUUCGCAUGGGGCGGUGCAUUAUUACCUACGGCAGUUGCUGCCAUCUUCGAAUACACACCGGGAAUACCAAAGAACUUCCCGAUGAAGCCCAAUUACAUUAGAUAUUGUUUGGGACCUAAUCCAACGGUGAAUCUCUAUUUCUUCGCUUUACCACUCAUAACUUUAUUCUGCAACAACGUAUUAUUCAUUUUCACGACAUACAAAAUCGUAAGGAUCCAACGUAGCACCGAAAUUGCUACGAAAAAUCAAAGCAGCGCAUUAACCAAGAAAUAUUUCUUAUUCCUAAGACUUUAUCUGUUGAUGGGUGCACCAUGGUUCUUUGGAUCACUUCUAGCGUGUCUCAACAUGCUGGUCAUUAUCAAGAUGUGUCGUCUAAUUCAGCCGAUACUUUGGCUCCUAAUGUUGUUAGCGCGAAAGGAUGUUAGACGAAAAAUCGCUGACAAAUUCUGUUAUUGCAUUAAAUCAAGGGAUAACAAAGGAAUUACUUCAGCUGGUACGGAUUAGUUAGUUUCAAGAUGAUCUCAACGAUAAUAUUCUAAUUAAGCUUUUUCAAGAGUCUCAAGGUUAUAAUGUUCUUCGUAUG